UUCUUGAGAGGUUUGCGACGCUACUCCACCGCACCGCUAGGCGAACGCUGCCUGGAGCUCCGGCCUCGCUGCUCCUUCCUCCCCCUUGCCGGCCUCCUCCACCUGCUAAGCAAACCAAAUGUCCCAGAAGCACGCGACCACUCUCAUCAAGUCCCUGUGCGCGGGCGGCGCGCUGUGCCAAGCCCGCGCCGUGUUCGACGAAAUGCGCGACCGGGACGUCGUGGCGUGGACGGCCAUGCUCUCCGGCUACGCCUCCAACGGCCGCCACGGCGACGCGCUGGACCUCUUCCGCGGCAUGCUCGCGGCGGGCGUUGGCCCCAACGAGUUCACGCUGUCCAGCGUCCUGACCGCGUGCCGUGGCGGCGGCAUGUGUGCGGCUGGCGGCUGCGACCCAUCAUCGCUGCACGCUGCCGCGGUGCGGCGGGGCGUGGAUCGCAUGCCGUACGUCGUCAACGCGCUCAUUGAUGCCUACGCCUCCCGCCGAGAGGGCGUGGCGGACGCGAGGACGCUGUUUGAUGCGUUGGGGAGUGGGCGCACGGAUGCAUCGUGGACGUCGAUGAUCGCCGGGUAUGCCCGGUGGAGACAGGAGCACGUGGGGCUACAGUUAUUCCAAACAAUGAUUCAGGUUGGUGUUGAGCUUAGCCCAUUUACUUGCUCUAUUGCACUACAUGCAUGUGUUUCCAUAGCCAACUUACGUAUCGGACAGCAGCUUCAUCUACUGUCCUUGAAGAAAGCUCUCAGUGCAAACCUUGCCGUUGCCAAUGCUCUGAUCCACGUGUACUGCAAUUGUGCACACCUUUUGGAUGCAAGGAGGAUUUUUGACGAAAUUCCUGAGAAGAAUUUGGUCACCUGGAAUACCUUGAUUGCUGGGUAUAGCCAAUGCAAUCCAUUAAUGGCCUUGCAGCUUUUUCGUGACAUGAAUCUUCAGCAAAAUUGCUUCACCCUGACUAGUAUUACAUCGUCCUGUGCUGGUCUUGCAGCUCUGGGACUCGGGAAGCAGGUCCAUGGGGCUGUCCUUCGGAGAAACUAUGGUGAGGACCUACAGUUGAGCAAUGCCUUGGUGGACAUGUACUCCAAGUGUGGGAGCAUAGCAGAUGCAAAGAGAAUGUUCAACAGGAUGGGUUGCAAGGAUAAAUUAUCAUGGACAGCAAUGAUUUGUGGGUAUGGGAUGAAUGGGUACGCCAAUGAAGCCAUCCAGCUUUUCAGUUCCAUGGUCCAUGCAGGGGUGUGUCCUGACCAUGUUGUGUUCCUGGCCCUGAUAAGUGCUUGCAGCCAUGCUGGUCUAGUAGACGAAGGAUGGAACUUCUUCAGAUCAAUGACAACUGAGUAUAAGAUGCAGCCUAAGAAAGAGGUUUAUGGGUGUGUCAUCAAUCUCCUUGCACGGGCAGGGAGGCUGAGAGAAGCAUUUGACCUUAUCAAUAGAAUGCCAUUUGCUCCUGAUGAAUCUAUUUGGGGAGCAUUGCUUGGUGCCUGCAAGAUGCACAAGAAUGUGGAUCUGGGCAGAUUGGUUGCAAGAAGGAUCAUCGAGGUCAAUCCUGAUGGAGCAAAGACUUACAUCCUACUUGCGAAUAUAUAUGCUGCAGGUAACAAAUGGGGUGAGUAUGCUGUCACGAGGAGGCUGUUGAGAGGCAUAGGGAACAGGAAGGAAGCUGGAAUGAGCUGGAUAGACGUAAACGAUAAGAUGUAUAGCUUUAACACAGCUGACAGUAGCAGCUGUCAAGUUAGUUUGGCAGAUGAGGCAUUGCAGAUCUUGGCUCGACACAUGCAUGGCGCUAGAGCUGAUUUUUCCCAGGAUUUUUCAGAAUCACAUGAUCAGUUUGUGCUUGGACAAUCAUUAGUUGGAGCAAAACAUAUGCAUAAAUGAAUGCUGCAGGUUGUGAUGCUGAUAGUACCUGUUCAGAGCCAAGCUACUGUGAAGUGUGAACUCAAGUUAGACCAUCCACACGGGUGGAAAGUCGGUUUGAAUGCCUGAUGGAAUCUGUUAAAAAUCGUUGGAGCUAGGUGAAUCAUGGUGUCAGAAAGAGAAGUGAACCAUAUUGUUGGUUUGUUUCGAAGGAAUCAAUGUACAAGGGGCAGGGAAACUUGGCGCACAUGGAAAAGAAGAACAGUAAGAGAUUGCUUGGAAACAGAAGAAGCGGCAAAACGCUGAAUGCAUGUAUUUAUUAAUCAUGGGCCAAUAUAAAAACCGAUUUUAACAUUGGAGUGAAACAAGAGAGAUUCCAAAGCCUGCCAUUUUUCCUCCGAAUCGGUUCAACAUAGUGGAUGGUCUUAUAGAAAACCUUGCACAGCCAGCAGUACAUCAGCUUUCAGGAACAUUGGCGUGUUCAUGAGCGAAGAGAUAAGGGAGCUACGAUUCUAAGCACACCUCAGAAGGCAAUCUUCCAUCCCUUCGUGCCCAGAUGAUAUUGAAUAUGGAUGGAUCUAAUUUGCUCUAGCUGAUUGCAUUGAGGAAGCCUAUCCUACCAUCAAUCGCACUGUGUCAGGUAAUUUAGGGCCCUCCAUUUUGUUUAAUCGAUUGCACUUAUUUUGCAUGGAUGUUUUUGAUAUCCUAUCUCCGGAGAAAUUACAAAUCCGAGAGAAUAAUCCUUUGACUGUAAUAUGGCAACCGGUCUGUACUCCAGCUUGAAAUGGCGUGGAAAUUGUUUAUGUUUUUGCAGAUAUGGUAUGUAUGCACGCUUUUUAAUGGCAAGUAUCUUUGACCUAUUAACACUUUACAACCGAGACAUUCAUGUUCCAUGAAAUUGCACGAGGAACUGAAGACUACCUUGGUUAGAAAGCAAAUACUCCUGAUGGAGUAAUGUGUUGGUUCCCAGCUAUAAGGUUGGUAUGAUGUUCGGUGGAAUUGUGCUUGGCACCUUGGCACGAUCACACCUGAUGGAGAACAGUGUUCAGGUAUCUAUUCAAUUCUACGAUUAAAAUAUUAUACUUCACUUUAGGUUGUACAUUUUUUUGUGCAAGAUAUUGCUUGAUCAUAUUCUACUACUACUACUCAAGGGCUAUUUCCUUCAUCAUAAAGCUGUAAGCUAGAGGAUGCACCUUCCAUUCAUUUAAGUGACAUGGAAUCUUGCCGUUCACAACCACUGUAAAAUUAAAAAAUCGAGUUGGAGCUCUCUCCUUUUACUAUACUCUUUUUUAUUCUAUGAAGUUACUGCUUCCCUUCAACAUGGUAAGCUUCUUAACUGCAUAAACAGUGUGACUGGCAACUGCAUUCUGAGUUUUCUUCCUGUACAAAAACAUGUUUCCUUCAAAGUGUAGGCUUUCUUCAUUUCAUGCCUGGCGUUUUGAUAAAACCAUUAAUCAACUACACGAUUAUGUAGUAAGCAAGUGUCAAUAUUUUUUUCUUUCACAUCCGCCUAAUUAUUCUCAGUCAUUAGGAAAUAUUUAUCAUUAUACAUAGUAGUUUUUGCUAAAACCAAAAAUUACGAAUUUCUAUUUUCUCAAAAUCAAGCAAUCCCAAAGAUUUUUUUUGUUAAAUGAGGAAAAUUAUGUAGGCGAUGUAAACAUGGAGAUGGAAGCAAUUAGUUCCACAUGAUUCCGCACCAUUAAGCACCCACAUUUUCCAUUUGUCCUUGAUCUUCGGAAACAGUAUCAUUGGCAAGGCUUAUUUGUUGCUAAAAUCCUUUGCAUUUCUUUCCUUCUAAAUUUUCUAUGCAGCCAGUCUGACGGUGGAUCUCGAACAUGUUAGAACAGAGAGUAUUGAGCACCCCUUGGGAGGCUUAACAAAUCUAAAUCGGCAGUCUUGAGUAGCAAAAAUCAAAGAGCAACUAUUUGGCAAUUUCUGAAGUGUUCUUGCAAAUACAGCGGAUGAUGUACAGGCAAUGACAAUAAUCUAUUAUUCGAUUCAUUGUAUCGCCAA